AUGACAAAAUUAGAAAACCAAAUGGGCCGUUGGGGGGCAGUUUCGUAUAUUGUUGGGAAUAUUGUUGGUUCUGGUAUUUUUAUUGUUCCUGGAAUUGUUUUGAAGAAUUCUGGUUCUGUUGGACUUUCUUUAAUUAUUUGGUUAUUUUCUGCUUUUUUUGCUAUUGUUGGGGCUUAUUGUUAUAUUGAAUUGGGAACGAGUAUUCGGAAAUCUGGUGGAGAUUUUGCUUAUCUUACACAUGUUAGAUGGAAUGCAAUAGCUUUUAUGUUUAUGAUGGGUGCUUGUAUAUUAACAUUACCAUUAACAAUAGCAAUACAAGCAGAAACUUUUUCUGAAUAUUUUCUUCAAAGUUUAAAUAUAAAAAUUUGUUCUUCAGAAUUUUUAAAAUUAUUUUUAAAAAAAUUUAUUGGUUAUGGACUUUGCUGGCUUUUACUUUUUAUUAAUUUUUUCUCUUUACGAACUAAUGCUGCCAGAUUUCAAAUUAUUUGUUCUUCAGCCAAACUUUUAGCUGUUUGUUUAAUUAUUGGAAUUGGAUUCUAUGUUUUUAUAUUUAAAGAAAAUAUUAAAACAAAUUUUUCACAACCUUUUGCUAAUUCAAAUUGGGAAUCUUCUUUUAUUGUAAAUGCCCUAUUUGCAUCAUUAUUUAGUUAUGAUGGUUGGGAUAUUUUAAAUUUUGGGGCUGAAGAAGUUUCCAAUUUAAAACAAACAAUGUCUUUUGCAAUGCCUGUGGGGAUUAUUUUAGUGGCAUUUUUGUAUAUGGCUGUUAAUUUGGCUUUUUUUGUUGUUAUUCCAAUUGAGGAAAUUAAAGAUUCUGCUGCUAUUGCUACUAUAUUUGCCAAACAUUCAAUGGGUAUUAUCGAACCUUUAAUUCCAAUUUUGGUUUGUGUAAUGCUUAUUGGCUCUUUAAAUUCAACACUUUUUGUUGCAAGUCGUUAUAUGUUGGCAGCUGCAAGUAAAAGACAAUUACCUACAUUUUUAUUUUGUACUAAUUAUUUACAUGAUUCCCCCAGAGUUGCUUUACUUUUUCAAGUUAUUUUGGCUAUUUGUUUUUCUUUUUUAAAUAGUCUAGACAAAUUAAUUUCUUAUGUUUCUUUUGUUGUGUGGGCUCAACGUCUUUUUACAAUAUGUGCUUUAAUUAAAAUUAAAUUAUUUAAUCCAAAAAAGUUACCUCCAAUUAAUUCUGAAGCAAUUAAAAAUUCUUUGUUAUUUCCUUUUAUUUUUUUAAUUAUUGCUUUAUUUUUGGUUGGAAAUACUAUUUUUAAAGAUUUUAGUACUUCGGCUAUUGGACUUUGUAUACUUGGAUUUGCUUUAAUUUUAUAUUUUUUAUUUUUAUGGGAAAGAUCUCCUUUAUUAAAAUCUAAAAAAUAUUUGAGAAUAUCUAAUAAAAUAAAUGGUAGGUAUUUAAAUAUUUUUGAGGGAAAAUAAUUAAAAAAUAUUUUUUAAAAGAAAAACUUUUUAUUUUUGUCCAAAUUAUUUUUAAUGGAAAACAAGUAAAUUUUGAGGAAUAUAAAGAAGAAGACAAAGAAAUACCUCAAAACUCGAAGAAUGAAAAUAUAUUACGGAGAAUGAGAAAAAGGAGAGUAAUUAAAACAACA